AAUUCGGUCCUUUUUCCGGUUCUUCGUUCGAGCCAUCUUGGAAAGAAUUUCUUCACCAAAGAAAUCGACUUUCAUCUACCAAUCAUGAUUAUUUAUCGCAAUGCCAUAUUGAUACCCAAGCAAGACCCGGACCCAGAACAGUAUGACGCAAGUCUUGAGCCCGAGGAAGGUGAUGAGUUGGCCAGUGACAGCUUCCCUUGUGUGAAGGUGGAUGAUGUAGUCUACAAGUUCACACUGAGAAACAGGACAGAUAAGGACAGUGAUAAUUUUGACAUUGGUGCAAAUCAGUCGCAGGAGGAAGUCGCUGAGACGACAGACACGGCUGAAACGAAGGGUCUUGACUGUGUUCUUAAUCACCGUCUAGAGCCUGUCGCCAUUAAAAAUGCGAAACAGUUCAAGCUGUACAUUAAGAAAUAUGGAGGUGAAAUGAAAAAAGUUAUGGCUGCAAAAUACACAGGAGAGGAAGCAGCUGCCCGUCUUGGAAAAAUUCAGAAAGUUUUCAGGUUCCUCUUGGAGGAUUUUGAUAAUUGUGAAUUUUUUUCUGGUGAGCACUACAACCAGGAUGGUACAUUGUUGAUGGUUCACUGGGACGGUGCACAGCCUAACGGUUACUUGGUUAUUGAUGGUGUCGGGGAGGAAAAGCAGUAAUUUGUUACAUCUUCAAACUAGGAACAGCGGAUUACUCGCCCUGAACUUGGAAAACAUGAACAGUUGUGAGAGACGGGCUGUCUACUUCAUCACGAACAUUCCUUGCAUGAAGGAAAUCUUGUUGACCCCGUCCAUAUUGUAAUAAGACAAUUGAGGACAAAAUUCAACCUCUCUCAGACGAAUGUUUAUGUACUAAUAUUCAUUAAGUAUAACGUACCACUUGCUUCAAAAUAUCCUGUAUCUUCCAGAUAAUGUCUGUCGCUGCAGAAAAUGCUAUGAUUUACCAAUUUUAGCCGACGAGUCCAUUUCAAAUUGUAUCAAAUUUGAACACGUUUUUGUAAAUGUAACUGUUAAUUAAGCUUAGUACUGUAAAAGACGAGUUACCAUGCCACCUGAUGGAUAACUUGAAUGCUAUUUGUCCGUUCUCUCAUUUCUUGUAAUUUAAGAGUAAAGGGGUUAACUAUUUGCUAUGGUAGCUUAACACCUUGCCAUUGUUGUUCAUAACAUAAGACAUUAAAACACCUUGAAUCUUCAUUUCCGACGAUCUUUCAAACUUGGCUCAAGUUUUGUAUAAUUCCUUGUACAUUUCACAAGAAUUUCAGAACGUCCCUCAUCGACCAUAUCGAAAACUUUCCACAUAUUUAUUACAAUGCCUUAUGUUUAUUUAUAUUAUCGAAUGCAGUGUGUUCAAAUUCAAUCUGGUGGUAUUUUAUCCUUCCAAGAUUUUCAAGCAUGAUUGCUUCUUGUUUGAAAAAGUAGCACACCAGUUCAGAUGCACUUGGCGAAAAUAUUAAUAUGAAUAUAUUUAGCUUACUGCAUUUCGGUUUCGGUUGAUGUUGGGAAGAACUCGGAACUUAUUGUACAGUAAAUGAUAAUUAUUGUGCAAUCCUAUCGUGAUUGAUUGAUUUUAAGAUAUUAAACGAUCUUUCUUUCAUGUAAAA